AUGCCUGGGAUGCAUGAGCUCCGCCAGCCUGAGAGAGUCUUUCACGAUCCAAGAGAGGAUGAGGGUCUGAUGGAGGCACAGUUCAUUUGGGAUGAGGAGGAGGAGCAGAUGAAGGAAGGAGAUGCAGCAUCCUCCUCCUCCUCUCUCCCGGUCUGGGGCACCCUGGAGGAGGUGGCUGCUGCUGCAAUAUCCAGUCUCCAGAGUCCUCUGGGUGUCUUCCCCUCUCCCACUGCCAUGGCUUCCACUCUUGGGAGCCAAUCUGAAGACAAUGGCCUCAGCAGGCAAGAUGAAGUGCCAAAUACCUCGUCCACUGGGGAGUUCUUGCCCCCGGAGGCUCUGAAGGAGAUGAAAGCUAACCUGAUAAAGUUCCUGCCCUUCAAGUAUCUAGCUAAGGAGCUGACCUCCCAGGCGGAAAUACUGAAGAAGGUCCUCAGGGAUAACCAGGAGCACUUCCCGGUGGUCUUCAGCCAAGCCUCUCAUUGCCUGGAGCUGGUCUGUGGUGUGGAGGUGAAGGAGGUGGACCCCCGGGAGCACAUCUACAUCAUGGUCCCCAACCUGGGCCUCACCUGUGAUGUGAUGCUGAGCAGUGGGCAGAGCAUGCCCAAGGCCGGCCUCCUGGUGCUGAUCCUCAGCCUGAUCAUGCAGAAUGGAGACCGCGCCCCUGAGGAGAAGGUCUGGGGAGCACUCAGCAGAUUAGGUGUGUGUGUCGGGAGUGUGCACUGUGUCUUUGGGGAGCCCAGGACACUUCUGACACACGUGUGGGUGCAGGAGGGGUACCUGGAGUACCGGCAGGUGCCUUACAGCUACCCUGCUCGCUAUGAGUUCCUGUGGGGUCCCCGGGCCUAUGCGGAGACCAGCAAGCGGGAAGUCAUGGCAUUUCUGCUCAGGAUCAAAGAAAGGGCUUCGAGGGCCUUCCCACCCCUGUCUGCAGAGGCUGCAAGGGAGGAGGAUGAGGCUGCCUGA